AUGAAAAAGAAUGAUAAACCCUCCGCAAUGGCUUGUCUGAAAAGAAAAAAACAAUAUGAAGUGCAAGCACAACGACUUGAUCAACAAAUCUUGAAUAAUGAACAAAUGAAACUUACAUUAGAAAAUGCUGCAACAGACAUUGAAACACUCAAAUCACAACAACAAGCAUCGAAGGCUAUGAAGCAAAUCUUUAAAGAAACUGGUGGAAUUGAUAAAGUGGAGGAUAUCAUGGAUGAGGUGCAAGAUACAAUGGCCACUGCCAAUGAAUUAGGACAAGCUCUUGCUCAAGAUCUCGGUUCAGGACAAAUCAUUGAUGAAGGUGAAUUAGAGGAUGAAUUAGAUAUGUUAGAACAAGAAGAACUCGACAAGCAAAUGUUGGGCAUGAAGCAAACAAAGGUUCCAUCCGGACCAAUCAAGAGUGGUGUUGGUGCUAAACCAGUUAAAAGUGCUCAAGAAGUGGAUGAUGAACUUGCUGAAUUGGAAGCCGAACUUAAUGCUUAA